GGCUUCUCCCGCUGUCCUUCCUUCUUGCGCCCUGCUGCUGGUAUCUUCUGGUCCCGCAGUUGGCGGAGGCAGGCUGGAGAGUUCGAUUCUCUGGACACGAGUGUGGAGAUCACAGCGAGAGAGCGGGGGAGGUACAGCGCGAACAGUGUGAGAGCACACGAGCUCUCGCGGAACCGAGAGAAGCCUCUCUCCCGAUCCUUUCGGCGGAGGAAUUCUAGCUGGCGUGGCUCGGCGGCCGCCUCCACCUUCCUUCCCUCCACCCGAGUUCAUUCAGAGCCCUCCCUGGAUGGGACGGUCCACACACCACGUCUACUCGGUGCCGGGUUCCCCGCGAUAUUUUGUGACUGCCUGUCCGUGCGGUGCUCGUGUUAGCCUGUGCUCCUCGGCUCCCUAGACCCGUCGCGGAAUAGGGAGGUCGAAAUGACCCGGUUGGGAUUGCGAUUUGUCGCAUCCGCAGUCUUCCUGGCCGGGAUAGUCAGUGGGCAAUAUAAUCACACAUCAUGGUCGCACAAUCCUCCGCCUGUUGUUCCACUCGGACGAGGUGAUAUCGGAAAACCAAAUACUACAGAUGACGAUUAUAAUAUUUCACCACGAUGGAAACCUUUUGUUACGAACAACGAAGAUUCGGAGGAAGCAGACAGGCGGUACUUAAGUUCAAACGAUGAUCGAUCCAGAUACCCCGACGGUGAUGACUUUGGUCAGAGAACCGAUGACUUCGAAUUUCAAAGCGGCUAUGGUGGCCUGGAACAAGGAUCCUACAACCAGGGACAAGGAUCCUAUAACCAGGGACAAGGAUCCUACAACCAGGGACAAGGAUCCUACAACCAGGGACAAGGAUCUUACAACCAAGGACAAGGAUCCUACAACCAGGGACAAGGACAAACCCCUCUGGAUCCAUACAAUCAAGGAAGCGAUCCUUACGGUGAUAGAUCUCGAGGAUACGAUGACCCUUAUUACGGAAGAAGAGGUGAAGCUGACAGAGAACAAGGCCCCAAAGAUCCUUAUGGCGAUACCUAUGGAGAAAGCCAUGGAUCCAGAGACGAUUACGACCGCACAGAUCCUUACAGACGUGUCUACUCGCAAGGUCAUCGAGGAGGAGGAGGAGGUUAUGGCGCGGCUGGAGACUCGGACAAUUAUCCGAGCAGUUACACAGCUGUGCCAGUUCCAGGACACGUUAGAAGGCAAAACUGUACCGGUUCGGGCUGCUGCGUACCGAAAUGUUUCGCUGAGAAAGGCUCCAGGGGUGCUCCAGGUAUAAUGGGACCACAAGGUCCAAAGGGCCAAAAGGGAUUUCCAGGAACGGAAGGUCUUCUAGGGCCAAAAGGAGAGAAAGGUGAUCCUGGUCCUCAGGGACCACGUGGAUCAAAAGGUGACAGAGGUAAAAUGGGCGUGCCUGGAUUCUCUGGUAUAAAUGGUGUUCCUGGAGUUCAAGGUUCGCCUGGUGCUCCUGGUCUUUCUGGUCGUGAUGGUUGUAAUGGAACAGACGGUGAACCUGGUGUCCGUGGUCGUCCUGGAGAGCCAGGUCCUCGUGGUUUCCGUGGUUCUCCGGGGCCCAAAGGAGACAAGGGUCAACCAGGAUUCGCUGGUAGAUUCCCUGUAGGCCAAAAGGGAGAACCGGGUAUCGAUGGCGUCAGAGGACCGCCAGGUCCACCCGGACCCCAAGGAGAACAUGGGCUUUCAGGGCCAAAAGGUGAACGUGGCCUUGAUGGUGUACCUGGUCUUCCGGGGCAAAAAGGAGAAAAAGGUAAUAUGGGACUCAAGUUCGAGGGUCCAAAAGGUGAUAAAGGACAAAAGGGUGAGCUAGGUCCUCCUGGAACGUCUGGUCCCUUAAUACCAUUUGGUGUGAUUGAAGAAGUAACGGGUAAACAAGGAGACCGUGGUGAUAAGGGUGAAAGGGGACCGGAUGGUAUGAAAGGAGAACCAGGACCAAUUGGCGAUCAUGGUAUAAGUGGUAGUUCAGGUAUGAAAGGAGAAAAAGGACUUCCAGGAGCACCAGGUGUUCGCGGCAGGGAUGGUUUCUCUGGUCCACCUGGUCCACCUGGACGUAAAGGUGACCGAGGUUAUGAUGGAUUAGAUGGUCUUCCUGGUCGUCCUGGACAGAAAGGAGAACCAGGUCGAGAUGGGUCUAUGGGAGUUUCAGGCUUACGAGGACCUCCUGGUCCACCAGGAGGUGGCAAAGGUACACCAGGACCACCAGGACCAAAAGGACCACAAGGUUUCCCAGGACCUACUGGACCUCGGGGUGCCGAUGGAUAUCCAGGAGACCCAGGUCCGAAAGGUCCUAUUGGUCUAUCGGGAGGACCUGGUUCACAAGGUAUCCCUGGUCCCGAAGGAUUGCCAGGAGAAAAAGGAGGGAAAGGAGAGCCUGGCAUCACUGGAUUCCCGGGACCAACUGGCCCCCGUGGAUUCGAUGGUCCUCCAGGUCCAUCAGGACCUCGGGGGACGCCAGGAGAGGCAGGCAUAUCAAUUGUGGGACCUAAAGGAAUGGAUGGAUCGCCAGGUUUUGAUGGAGAAAAAGGGCAAAAGGGAGAACGUGGUUACGCAGGUUUUGGCGUGCCUGGAUUCUCUGGUAUAAAUGGUGUUCCUGGAGUUCAAGGUUCGCCUGGUGCUCCUGGUCUUUCUGGUCGUGAUGGUUGUAAUGGAACAGACGGUGAACCUGGUGUCCGUGGUCGUCCUGGAGAGCCAGGUCCUCGUGGUUUCCGUGGUUCUCCGGGGCCCAAAGGAGACAAGGGUCAACCAGGAUUCGCUGGUAGAUUCCCUGUAGGCCAAAAGGGAGAACCGGGUAUCGAUGGCGUCAGAGGACCGCCAGGUCCACCCGGACCCCAAGGAGAACAUGGGCUUUCAGGGCCAAAAGGUGAACGUGGCCUUGAUGGUGUACCUGGUCUUCCGGGGCAAAAAGGAGAAAAAGGUAAUAUGGGACUCAAGUUCGAGGGUCCAAAAGGUGAUAAAGGACAAAAGGGUGAGCUAGGUCCUCCUGGAACGUCUGGUCCCUUAAUACCAUUUGGUGUGAUUGAAGAAGUAACGGGUAAACAAGGAGACCGUGGUGAUAAGGGUGAAAGGGGACCGGAUGGUAUGAAAGGAGAACCAGGACCAAUUGGCGAUCAUGGUAUAAGUGGUAGUUCAGGUAUGAAAGGAGAAAAAGGACUUCCAGGAGCACCAGGUGUUCGCGGCAGGGAUGGUUUCUCUGGUCCACCUGGUCCACCUGGACGUAAAGGUGACCGAGGUUAUGAUGGAUUAGAUGGUCUUCCUGGUCGUCCUGGACAGAAAGGAGAACCAGGUCGAGAUGGGUCUAUGGGAGUUUCAGGCUUACGAGGACCUCCUGGUCCACCAGGAGGUGGCAAAGGUACACCAGGACCACCAGGACCAAAAGGACCACAAGGUUUCCCAGGACCUACUGGACCUCGGGGUGCCGAUGGAUAUCCAGGAGACCCAGGUCCGAAAGGUCCUAUUGGUCUAUCGGGAGGACCUGGUUCACAAGGUAUCCCUGGUCCCGAAGGAUUGCCAGGAGAAAAAGGAGGGAAAGGAGAGCCUGGCAUCACUGGAUUCCCGGGACCAACUGGCCCCCGUGGAUUCGAUGGUCCUCCAGGUCCAUCAGGACCUCGGGGGACGCCAGGAGAGGCAGGCAUAUCAAUUGUGGGACCUAAAGGAAUGGAUGGAUCGCCAGGUUUUGAUGGAGAAAAAGGGCAAAAGGGAGAACGUGGUUACGCAGGUUCACGUGGUUUCCCUGGUGACUCUUUGGAUGGUAUUCCAGGAGCACCGGGUGAAUCUGGCUUACCAGGUGAACCAGGAACUCCAGGAAAAGAAGGCACACCGGGAUAUCCAGGAGCACCUGGUGAGAAAGGAGACAUAGGAGGUCGUUGUCAAGACUGCUUGCCAGGAGCACAUGGAGCAAAAGGAGAUCGUGGUUUGGACGGCGCACCUGGACUUCUUGGUCCUCGAGGUCCCCCUGGAGAACGAGGGUUACUUGGAGAACCUGGUUCAGACGGACUACCCGGGCCAAUAGGACCACCAGGACCACCGGGGAAAGAUGGUAUUCCCGGUGCAUCUGGCCCCCAAGGAGAACCUGGUACCCCUGCGACAGUUUCAUUAAGUAUGAUUCAUUUGGAGAAAGGGGAGAAAGGUUUAAGAGGAGAAACAGGAAGACCUGGUCCGCCAGGGCCACUAGGUCCUCCUGGAGAGAAAGGUUCGCUUGGAUUUGAAGGCUUCCCGGGACCAAAGGGUACUGCUGGAGAUCGUGGAUUCCCUGGACAAGAUGGAACACCUGGAAGGCCAGGUAUUCCAGGCAAAAAGGGAGAUAGUGGCCUCAGUGUGAAAGGAGAACGUGGAGAACCAGGUUAUCCAGGUCAACAUGGUCAGAAGGGUGAACCUGGUUCCUAUGGACUGAAGGGAGAACCCGGUCAGUGCCCACCAUUCCAAUUAUGUGAUGGUCAAAAAGGUGAUAGGGGUGCUCCUGGUGAAAAAGGAGAGCCUGGACCACCAGGAAGAGAAGGCUUAAGCGGUGACAAAGGUUUACAAGGUUUUUCGGGACCACCUGGACCAAUGGGACCAAUUGGUGCACCUGGGCCAGUUGGACCAAGAGGAUUGCCGGGUCCUCGUGGUGAGAAGGGCAAUAUGGGACCGAUGGGUUUCCCUGGAGAUCCUGGUCGUGAAGGACCCAGAGGAUACCCAGGCGCUUCUGCAUUGAAAGGAGAAAAGGGUGAAACUGGAAUAACAGUCAAGGGUAGUCCUGGAUUGCCAGGCCCACCAGGAGAGAAAGGGGAAAAAGGUCUUCCUGGACCACCAGGAAAAGAUGGUCCUAUUGGCUACCCCGGUUUGCCAGGGUUUAUUGGAGAUAAGGGUGAUGUUGGUAUACCAGGAAUAAGUGGAUUACCUGGUGCACCAGGAGAAAAGGGAGACACUGGAAUAAUUGGACCUCCAGGUCCACCUGGUGUUGCAGGACUUCCUGGUACAGAUGGAAUUAAGGGUGAACCGGGAUUGUCAGGAUCUCCUGGCAGAGCCGGUCUUCCAGGAUUCCCAGGCACCAAGGGUGAUCGUGGUGAACCGGGUAUCGAUGGACCGAAAGGUUAUCCAGGAAGACGAGGUUUACCUGGUUCACCGGGUAGACCUGGUGCAGCAGGUGUACCUGGUAUGAAAGGAGAACGGGGUGAAAAAGGCUCCGCUGGCUUCCCUGGAUUACCUGGGAUGGAAGGCAAACCCGGUCGCGCUGGAGCACCAGGACCAAAAGGUGACAUAGGUCCAGUUGGUCCUGUUGGUCUCCCCGGUUUCAUCGGAUAUGAAGGAGCGAAAGGUGAACGAGGUCUACCUGGAUUACCAGGAGCCAAAGGAGUACCAGGUCAAGUGUCUGAGAAAGGACAGAAGGGUGAGCCUGGAAUGCCAGGAAUUCGUGGUCCGCAUGGCCCUCCUGGUAGAGAUGGUGUUGAUGGCGCCAAAGGAGAACCUGGGUUACGUGGUAUUGGUUUAGACGGAAUGCCCGGUCAAAAGGGAGAACCUGGCUUGCCAGGUCGUAACGGUUUCCCAGGACUUCAGGGUCUGAAAGGUGAUGCAGGAGUAAGAGGUUUCCCUGGUUUGAAAGGAGAUGUGGGGUUACCUGGCGCACCAGGUGAACCUGGAACACCUGGUAUUGAUGGAUUACCAGGUGAACGAGGUGAUACUGGUCCACCUGGUCCUAUUGGCUUCCCUGGUAUAGACGGUGAAAUGGGAGCUCCAGGACGUCCAGGACUUAACGGUGCCAAAGGAGACCGCGGUAUUACAGGUCCUGUUGGUCUUCCUGGAAUUCCUGGCCAAAUUGGUGAAAAGGGUGACCGUGGCUUACCUGGACCAACAAUUUCAGUCAAAGGAGAAAAGGGUGAACCAGGUAUUUCUGGAUUACCAGGUGUACCCGGAGAGAAAGGAGAUCGUGGAUUAGAUGGUCUUGUUGGUUAUGUGGGCGCAAAGGGAGACAGAGGUAUACCGGGUCCAGUUGGAGCUCCAGGGCCGCAUGGUCUACCUGGACUUAAAGGUGAUAGUGGACCACAGGGACGUUCAGGAUUACCUGGAAUAACCGUUAAGGGUGAGAAAGGUUUACCAGGCUUAUCUGGAAAGCGUGGACGAGAUGGACUACCAGGUCGACCAGGAGAAAAGGGAGAACAAGGUUUGCCUGGUCUACCUGGACCGAAGGGAGAUAUUGGACCUUAUGGUCAGGUAGGGCCACAGGGUGAGAAGGGUGAUAUGGGACUUAUGGGUCCUCCUGGUUUGCCUGGCCGCGAUGGAUCACCAGGGCCUCAAGGACUUCCAGGUUUACUAGGUGAAAGAGGCGAAAAGGGAGAUGCUGGAUUACCAGGAGUGCCUGGUCCUGUAGGACAAAAAGGAGAACUAGGAUUUCCAGGACCGAGUGGAGUAGAUGGUCUCCCUGGUGUAAAGGGUGACAGAGGUUGGGACGGUGUGAAUGGCUUGCCUGGUCCACCUGGAGAGAAGGGUGACAGAGGUUACCAGGGUAUACCGGGAUCGGUAGGCGUUGUUGGAUUCGAAGGCGAGAAGGGUGACAAGGGUGCUGACUGCAUCGAGCCACCAAUGGGACCGAAAGGAGAUCGAGGUUUCCCUGGACCAACUGGCUUGCCAGGAGUGCCAGGCGAGAAAGGAUUUGCAGGUCAGCCAGGACUCCCAGGAGUAAAUGGACAAAAAGGUUCACCAGGACCUGUAGGACCACCAGGUCCAGUUGGUUUGCCGGGAAUAGCAGGGCCUGUCGGUUCACCUGGUUUGCCAGGUCUCCAAGGUCCUGUUGGUCUUCCUGGUGUCCCAGGAGAACCAGGGAAACCGUGCGAAACAUCACCAGAUUAUCUUACCGGUAUCUUGUUGGUGAAACACAGUCAAAGCCAAUCGGUGCCUACUUGCGAAGCUGGACAUAUCAAACUCUGGGAUGGAUACAGUUUACUCUAUACGGAUGGCGAUGAAAGAGCGCAUUCGCAAGAUUUAGGUUAUGCUGGCUCCUGCGUACGAAAGUUCUCGACGAUGCCGUUCCUCUUCUGCGACGUGAACAACGUCUGUCAUUACGCCAGCCGCAACGAUCGUUCUUACUGGCUGUCGACUAAUAGCCCAAUUCCCAUGAUGCCUGUCGAGGAGACAGUCAUAGAGGAGUACAUCUCCAGAUGCGUGGUAUGCGAGGUUCCAGCGAAUGUGUUGGCCGUACACAGCCAGUCAUUGACAAUUCCAGAUUGCCCAUAUGGAUGGUCCGGUCUUUGGAUCGGAUACAGCUUCAUCAUGCACACCGGUGCUGGUUCUCAGGGCGGAGGACAAUCUCUGUCCAGCCCUGGAUCCUGUCUAGAGGACUUCCGUGCGACGCCGUUCAUCGAGUGCAACGGCGCCAAAGGUCACUGCCAUUAUUACGCGAACGAGUUCAGCUUUUGGAUGGCCACCAUCGAGGAUAGGCAGCAGUUCCAAAGGCCCGAAAAGGAGACCCUGAAGGCAGGCACCCUCAGGUCCCGAAUAAGUCGCUGCCAAGUGUGUAUAAAGAACACGUAAAAAAUACGUAAAAGCACGUAAAUCCACGUAAAAUUCUCGCGAUUAUUCCCGAUGAAUCCUCUCCUCUGUUCCUCGCGUCUCUGCUACCCUCCCGACCCCUCCUCGUCCUUGUUUCCGAUUUAACUGUUUGAACCACGCCGAUCACCUUGCAUCGUCGAGCAGAACGUCGAAGGACGGAGUGAUGGCUGGAAGGAAAGGUCGAAUGACGAUUUUCCGAUGAGAAUCUUCGCGACGAAGUCGAAACGAAGGGAGCCGAGGAAGCUUUUCUUCGUCGUGCUGACUUCUCGACCUCUGCCGCGAAUAUCUUGUCCCGAAAUGUUAUUUUAAUCUUCCUUUCCCCUCGAUUCUCUCUCUUGCUCUCUUAUUCCCUUAUACCCGGUACAAUUCUCCCCUCGCUUCCCCUUGUCCCUGUUGCGUCUUUGCCGUUUCACCUUUCUCAUUUCUCUCGCCGAGAAUUUCGUUUUACACUCGUUUUUACUUACCCGCCUUUAAAUCUCCCGCGCAUCGCUUCCCCCACCACCACCACGGAUUCGUGUACGCCGUAAGUUUUAUUACAAUAACUAUUCAAACAAGUGCCUAGCGUACUAUUUUCUAGCAUGUAAAAUAAUAUAUAUAUAUAUGAAAGUUUAUUAUAAAUAUUAUAUGUAUAUUUAUAUCUCGUAAAUCUUGUAUGAAAAGUAAGUUUAUCGUACUACCACGGACACUGCCCAUAUCCAAUAUGGCACACUUUACAUAUUGUAUAUUAAUAUAAACGAACUUAGCCUGGUAAUUGUGUC